GCUACACCAGGUGCAAGCAACAACCAGCAGAGCCAUGGUGAGUUCUUGGGCCCAGGAAUCUAGGCAUCUGGGGCCAGCCCUCUCCUCUGAGGGUCCCCAAUUCAAAGCUAACCCACAGACAAGGAAUAUGUGGGCUUUGCUGCCCUGCCCAACCAGCUGCAUCGCAAGUCUGUCAAAAAGGGGUUUGACUUCACACUCAUGGUGGCAGGGGAGUCAGGCCUGGGGAAAUCCACCCUCAUCAACAGCUUGUUCCUCACCAACCUCUAUGAGGAUCGGCAGAUGCCAGAUGCCAGUGCUCGCACCACACAAACUCUGACCAUUGAGCGACGGGGCGUGGAGAUUGAGGAGGGAGGUAUCAAGGUGAAGUUGACCUUGGUGGACACGCCUGGCUUCGGGGACUCUGUGGACUGCUCAGACUGCUGGCUGCCUGUGGUUCGCUUCAUUGAGGAGCAGUUUGAGCAGUACCUCAGGGAUGAGAGUGGCUUGAACAGGAAGAACAUCCAGGAUUCUAGAGUCCACUGCUGCCUCUACUUCAUCUCACCCUUUGGCCGAGGACUCCGGCCCCUAGAUGUGGCUUUCCUCCGGGCAGUGCAUGAGAAAGUCAAUAUCAUCCCGGUUAUCGGCAAAGCAGAUGCCCUGAUGCCCAGGGAAACUCAGGUCCUCAAGCAGAAGAUCCGAGACCAGUUGAAAGAGGAGGAGAUCAACAUCUAUCAGUUCCCAGAGUGUGACUCUGAUGAGGACGAAGAAUUCAAGAAGCAGAAUGAAGAAAUGAAGGAAAACAUCCCUUUCGCAGUCGUUGGGUCUUGUGAGGUGGUGAGGGAUGGAACCCGACCAGUGAGGGGACGCCGCUACUCUUGGGGUACCGUGGAGGUGGAAAACCCACAUCACUGCGAUUUCCUGAACCUGAGGCGGAUGUUAGUGCAGACCCACCUUCAGGACUUGAAAGAGGUGACCCACGAUCUGCUCUACGAGGGCUACCGAGCACGCUGCCUACAGAGUCUGGCUCGACCUGGGGCCCGGGAUCGAGCCAGCCGCAGCAAGCUUUCCCGGCAGAGUGCCACAGAGAUCCCGCUCCCCAUGCUGCCUCUGGCCGACACUGAGAAGUUGAUUCGCGAGAAGGACGAAGAGCUGCGCCGCAUGCAAGAAAUGCUGGAGAAGAUGCAAGCCCAGAUGCAACAGAGCCAGGCUCAGGGCGAGCAGUCAGACGCGCUGUGAGAUCCCCACCGCCGCCUACCCUAGCGUCUCUUCAACGCUAAUCUGAAGUCCCAUCCCUAGACUGCCCAGCGCCCAAUCCCGAGAUCCAGAGGGUAGGCCCGCCCUUGCACUUAAACCAGAUCCCUCCAAUCCGGAAGCUUAAAGUCCAUCCGACUCCGCCUUCCGCGCUGUUCUGAGAGGACCGCCCUUCAAGCGCCUGACCCGUUCCAUUUGGGUUUUCCUGUUCCUUCAAGUUCUGCUCCCCGCCUCUCCCCAGCUGCCGGAGUCUUCUUCCCAGCAGGAAUGGAGCUGCCCGCUGGGGGCUUUCUGGCCACUAGUCAUUCCACUGUUAGCCACUCCUGUCUGUCUGGGCGGUGUUUCAGCCUCCCACCUGAGUUCGCGCGUGAACACACUUAAAUUGCCACCAAUAAGAAACAAAGACCAGUUGAGUUUUAUUGGUGGGUCAGGGUGAGAUUUGGAGAGGCUACAAGCCUAUCUAGGUCUUCUGAGACCUUGGGUCCCCUACUCCUGGUCCUUAGCGUCACCGUGUGUGAUGACAUAGCAGAUGUUCUUGUAGUCCACGUUGCCGCCCACAUCUGGGGGGAAGGCUGCCCACAUGUUCUUGAUCUGUAGGAAGACAGGAGUAGCUCUAAGAUCGGUCUUCCCACUGCUUCCCUCUCUUCCCUCCACUCCUAGUCCUUUUCCUUCCCGGGCUUUCCCCAACUCACCUCCUCCUGGGAAAAUCGGUCACACUGCGUGGUAAGCAGCUCCUCCAAGCUGAGAAGGCGACAUUGGGGGGGGGGAGGUGAGAUUGGGGUCACGAGUCCUGUCCCCUCUCAUUUCAUUCCUGUUCCCACCAACCUUCCCUGAAACAUGUCUGGCGCAAAUACAUGUUUCUCCCAAAUA